AUGAGAAAGGCUUUGAACGAUCCAAAGACUAGCAUUUCUGAUCGUUCAAAGACGCUAGAUUCUGAUCUUUAUAAACGAGACAUUUCUAUUCGCAUAACAAGCUUCCUUAUGAAAAUUGUCGGUUUGUGGAUAGCGAAAAAUCGCGUGGAACAACGCCGAAGAGACUUAACGUUGUUAUAUACGGUUAUUGCAGUUUUGUUCGGCGUGUGGCUUCAAACAAGAGACUUUUACUAUUCCUGGCCAAACUUUGGCGACUGCUGUUACAUAACAUGCAACAUUCUAUGUCUGAUGAUGGUUUUACUGAAGUUGUUAGUUGUAUUUGCAAACAGAAGAAAGUUCAUCGAAAUGCUUUUGUACACACACAAGCAUUUUUGGCAUACGAACUAUGAUCCCACAGAGAAAAUUAUGAUAAUCAACUGCAAAAGAAUCUCCACUGUGAGUCUGAUAUUAAUCAAUUUCUGUGUACAAGCCACGGUUGUCAGCUACGUGAUAGCGCCUAUUCUAGAAAGUAUUGGAAGAAAUCACACAGACAGAGUUCUUCCAUUUCAUAUGUGGGUUGACUUUCCUGUAUACGAAUCACCGUAUUUCGAGAUAACGUUUGUGGCACAGGCUCUCUCUGUGUAUCACAUCGGCGUGUGUUACAUUUGCUUCGACAAUCUGUUGUGCCUAAUAAACUUACACACAGCCACUCAGUUUCGCAUAUUGCAGUACAGGCUGAAAAACUUGGGUGGCACAGAUACCCAGAAAAUAACCGAAAAUACAUCGAGCGUAAAUUUGUCAGCUUAUACAGAAAAAUGUUAUUCGCGAUUUAAAUGCUACGUACAACAGCACGAGGCGCACAUUCAGUAUUGCAAUCGGCUGGAAAGUAUAUUUAAUAUAAUAGUGCUGGCGCACAUCCUUCUCUUCAGCUUUUUAAUGUGCCUCGUGGGCUACCAAAUAUUUCUGGCUGAGUCGGCAAAAACUAGACGUCUUAUUUUUAUAUUCAAUAUACUGGGCAACUUAUGCGCGUUACUCCUGUUUACAUCCAGCUGCGAUAAUUUAAUAGAAGAAAGUUCAAAUAUAGGAACAGCGAUAUAUUCUGGACCAUGGAUAAAUCUACCGAUGAACAAAGCGGGCAAAAAGCUACGAAAAGAUUUGAAUAUGGUUAUUUUACGAUCGAGAAAGCCCUGCUGUCUAACUGCUUGUGGAUUCUCUGCCGUGUCCUUGGAAACUUGUACCACGGUUCUUAGCACCGCAAUGUCUUAUUUCACUUUAUUGAGGCAGUCCAUGAUUAAUUAAAGUUACAAACUACACUUCGAGUAAUAAUAAAUG